CUGAUAGGCGGCACUAAUGGGCACUGAUAGGCGGCACUAAUGGGCACUGAUAGGCGGCACUAAUGGGCACUGAUAGGCAGCACUAAUGGGCACUGAUAGGCAGCACUGAUAGGUGGCACUGACUGGCACAACCGCUGGGCACUGACUGGCACAACCGCUGGGCACUGACUGGCACAACCGCUGGGCUGCACUGAUGGGCACUGGUGGGUGCACUGCUGGGCACAGGUGGGUGCAGCUAGUGGGCGCACUGCUGGGCGGAACUUGUGGGUGGCACUGCUGGGCACCAAUCAGGGCACUGAUCAUCAGUGCCCUGAUGAUU